GGGGGUCUGCCCGCUGUUCACUAUGUGCAGUCACCUGUUGUGUCCACUCACUGCCAUCUGGCCACGAAUCCCUGCCCUUGCAUUCAGCCUGCCGCUUGCUUCUUGCUUGUCUCGGGGACACAGCUCUGGUCACCCUGCUGGUAGGCCUGUUCCUGGCCGGUCCUCCUGGGAAUCUUUUUUGGCCUAAGUUCCCCCAUCAGACCUGCUCACCAUGUCAGCUGCACCGGGCCUUCUGCGCCAGGAACUGUCCUGCCCGCUGUGCUUGCAGCUGUUCGAUGCGCCAGUGACCGCUGAGUGUGGCCACAGUUUCUGCCGUGCCUGCCUGGGCCGCAUGGCGGGGGAGCCUGCCGCUGACGGCACGGUUCCCUGCCCCAGUUGUCAAGCACCCACGCGGCCGCAGGCCCUGAGCACUAACCUGCAGUUGGCACGGCUUGUGGAGGGUCUGGCGCAAGUGCCUCAAGGCCACUGCGAGGAACACCUGGAUCCACUGAGCAUCUACUGCGAGCAGGACCGCACACUAGUGUGUGGUGUGUGUGCCUCCCUCGGUUCGCACCGUGGCCACCGUCUUCUGCCUGCUGCCGAGGCCCACGCACGCCUCAAGACACAGCUUCCACAACAGAAGCUGCAGCUGCAGGAGGCAUGCAUGCGCAAGGAGAAGAGCGUGGCUGUCUUGGAGCAUCAGCUGGUGGAGGUGGAGGAGACAGUGCGUCAUUUCCGGGGAGCUGUUGGGGAGCAGCUGGGGAAGAUGCGGGUGUUCCUGGCUGCUCUAGAAAGUUCUUUGGACCGCGAAGCCGAAAGGGUUCGGGGCGAGGCUGGGGUUGCCUUGCAGCGGGAGCUGUCCAGCCUGAACUCUUACCUGGAGCAACUGCGGCAGAUGGAGAGGGUGCUGGAGGAGGUGGCUGACAAGCCGCAGACAGAGUUCCUUAUGAAAUACUGCCUGGUGACCAGCAGGCUGCAGAAGAUCCUGUCAGAGUCCCCACCACCUGCAAGGCUGGAUAUCCAGCUGCCGGUCAUCUCAGAUGAUUUCAAAUUCCAGGUGUGGAGGAAGAUGUUCCGUGCUCUGAUGCCAGAGUUGGAAGAACUGACUUUGGACCCCAGCUCUGCGCACCCGAGCCUGGUGGUGUCCCCCUCUGGUCGCCGGGUGGAGUGCUCGGAGCAGAAGGCACCGCCAGCGGGAGAAGACACUCGCCAGUUCGACAAAGCGGUAGCGGUGGUGGCGCAGCAGCUACUGUCACAGGGCGAGCACUACUGGGAGGUGGAGGUGGGCGAUAAGCCCCGCUGGGCUGUGGGCGUGAUAGCGGCUGACGCUCCCCGCCGUGGCCGGCUGCACGCCGUGCCCUCACAGGGUCUGUGGCUGCUCGGUUUGCGCGAAGGCAAGAUCCUGGAGGCGCACGUGGAGGCCAAGGAGCCGCGGGCGUUGCGCACCCCCGAGAGGCCGCCGGCUCGCAUCGGCCUCUACCUAAGCUUCGCUGACGGUGUCCUGGCUUUCUAUGAUGCGAGCGACGCCGACGCGCUUGCGCCGCUCUUUUCCUUCCACGAGCGCCUGCCUGGGCCUGUGUACCCCUUCUUUGACGUGUGCUGGCAUGACAAGGGCAAAAACACUCAGCCACUGCUGCUCGUGGGGCCUGACAGCGAGCAGGCCUGAGUUCCUGGCCGGUGGGGAGGAGGCCUGCAUGGGUCGGAUUGGGGGGCGGGUCUCUAGGGCUGAGGAGCAGGUUUGAGGGGUG